AUGAGGAGCCUUCUCGCUCUCCUUUCCCUGGCCGCCAUGGCCCAGGCGCUCUACUUCUUCGUCGACGUGACUUCCCCCAAGUGCUUCUUCGAGGAGCUCCCCAAGGACACCCUGGUGGUGGGCCACUACACAGCCGAGGAGUGGAACGACCAGCGGCGAGUCUGGGAGAAGCAUGACGGCAUCAGCAUUUACAUUUCUGUCGAUGAAGUCUUCGAGAGCGAGCACCGCGUCGUCUCCCAGCGGGGCGGUUCCUCGGGCAAGUUUACUUUCACAGCGGCCGAUGCGGGCGACCACAAGAUCUGCUUCACGCCGUCCUCCAACAGUGGCCGGUCCAACUGGCUCUCAGUAGCAUCGCCGAACGGCGGCAUCCGCCUGACCCUAGACAUUGCCAUUGGCGAGACCAGCGCCAUCGAAGGUGGCGACAAGGACAAGAUUCAGGACUUGGCCACCCGCGUCAAGGACCUUAAUGCCCGUCUGAACGAUAUCCGCAGGGAGCAGGUGUUCCAGAGGGAACGCGAAGCCGAGUUCCGCGACCAGUCUGAGAGCACAAACUCCCGCGUCAUCCGCUGGAUCCUGAUCCAGCUGACUGUGUUGGGCGUGACCUGUGCCUGGCAAUUAUCGCACCUCCGGUCGUUCUUCAUCAAACAGAAGCUUACAUAG